UAGAAUGAUCAGAGGCAUAUUUUUGAACAAGGAUUCUCAUCGAAGUCAGUGUUCUGGGGUCCAGUCAGAGCAACGUAUUCAGACCUCGAAUUUAGAGGAGAGACAACCUCCUCGAAAUUCACAUGUGAAGUCAGGUCUGAAGGAUGCAAGGGUUGCUUUAGAUGAUAAGGUUGCUGGGAAUGAUUUGCAUGGUACUGAGAAGACAGAAAGACGUAGUCGAAACAAAGAUAGAACAGAUAAAGAUUAUUUGACCCUUCACUGUUCUGAUGGAUCAUAUGCGAAUGAUGAUUCCUUAUCAUCAUCUGCUUCUCAAUCUGCACAGAUUCCUAUAGAUUCUUCACAAGGGGCUUAUGGUGAUACUAAAGUUGAUUUCUCCAAUGUGCGGAGCAUCCAAGGAUUCCAUAAGUAUGUGAAUCAUCGUAUAACAGUUACUAACGGAUCAUCUGCUGUGAUUAAUGGAAAACCAGGGAAGAGGGCCAAUGUUUCUGGCUAUGGUUCUCAUGAGAAACAAGUCUGGUUACAGAAAUCGAGUUCUGGUUCAUAGUGCAUUUUAAAAUGUUGUUAUGUUGGGUUCUUCAUCAUCAAAGGGUGAUGCUAAAGGAAGAUAUGGGUCAUGGAUCCUACAAUACCUUUCA